CUUUGAAUUUGGAACAUAUUUAUAUGUAUUUAAUUAUUAUUCGAUUGAAAUUAGUUAGCAUUACAUGGAAGUUAUGGUAUAAUUUGGCUUUGUAAAGAUUUGAUUUUUCCUGAUUAAAAUUUUUAGAAAUAUACAACAAUUCCAUCAGCAAUAGGAGGAAGUUUAAUUUUGAUUGCAUAUUGGAUUUUACCAGUGAUUUAAGUUACAGGUUAUGGAUAGAAUUAAAUUAAAGCUAACUUUGUAUGUAUUAUUGUAAUGUUGUAUGUUUUUGGAGUUGUUUUAAUGAUGUCUAGUGAUUGUUAAAAAUAUUAUACAUUAAAAUAUAAAAAGGGGUUAAUAAAAGAUGGAUUAUUCAAAACAAAUAGAAAUCCAAAUUAUACAGGAGAGAUAUUAAUAUAUCUUUCAUUUGCAAUGAUUACAAAUAAUGCUUUAAGUUAUUGUAUUGUAUUUAUGUCUUGGAUUUUUAUGUUUAUUCCAUUUAUGUUAAGAAAGGAACUUUCAUUAAGUAAAAAGGAAGGUUGGAGCGAGUAUAAGAAAUAAAGUUUUUUGGUAUUUUGGAGAAUUUGUGGAUCAGAUAUCAUUAAUAUGUUAUUAUAUUAUAUGAUGAUUGUGUUAAUAAUUAUUAUAAUUCUAUGA